AUGACCUCCCAAAUUCUUCAGAAUUAUUUCACCGAAGUGGAGGCUGCCGUGAACCGCCUGGUCAACCUGCACCUGCGGGCCUCCUACACCUACCUCUCGCUGGGCUACUAUUUUGACCCGGAUGACGUGGCUCUGGAGGGUGUAGGCCACUUUCGCGAAUUGGCCGAGGAGAAGCGCGAGGGCGCCGAGUGUCUGCUCAAGUUGCAGAACGAUCGCGGAGGCCGUGCACUCUUUCAGGAUGUGCAGAAGCCAUCUCCAGAUGAGUGGGGUAAAACCCAGGAGGCCAUGGAAGCUGCCCUGUGUCUUCUGGACACUUUCUGUUUUGUUGUUGAGGUGCUGGGCAUUGAGGCAUGA